GUGUCACGUGUGCGCAUGCGUGAACCAAUAUCCUGGGGUUACUCUUGAUUUGAGUCCUGGAAGGUGCCUUCAGUCUUCAUGCAUCGUGUUUUUGUUUACGGCUCCCUAAAGAGGGGCCAACCCAACUACCCCUACAUGACAGACAGCAGUAAUGGAAAGGCCGAGUUCCUCGGUACCGCCGUCACCGUCCAGAAGUAUCCACUGGUGAUCGCUACCAAGUAUAACAUCCCCUUCCUCCUUAACCUUCCUGGACAAGGUAAGAGAGUUAAUGGGGAAAUCUACCAAGUGGACGAAAAGAUGCUGCAAUACCUGGACUGGUUCGAGAAGGUUCCCACCAUGUACCAGCGGACUGUAGUGGAGCUGGAAAUCAAGAUGGCGGACAAGGAGGAGAAGCUGUCGCCUGGAAGCAUCAUGGAGGCGUUUGUGUACAGCACCACCACCUACCAGCCGGACUGGCCAUCACUGCCCACCUACGACAACUACGACUCCAACGGAGACCACGGGCUAAAAUUCACGCUGAGGGAAGACAGGAGAUAGUGAUGCUGCUUUUAAAUCCACAGAAAGGAUCAAGAGUUCUAGCAAAUGAGUAAUGAAUCAAUAACUGAUCAAGUUUUCUGUUCUUAAUGAUUUAAAACCAGAUUAGAAAAUUCACUUAUUAAAAUACAUUCAAACAUACAUUCUUACGCUUUUAUCCGAAAAUUCAUGUCUGCUUUUUAUACUUUGUCUUUUAAUGAACAACUUUCUGGGAGACAAUCAGCUGUUAGCAAUAUUUUAAAAUAAAAAUGUUAAGCUAUAAUAAAAGACGAGUCUUAUUUUGUCUUCUUUAAUUAAAUGUAAAGCAGCACAGCAGAGGGGGAUUGUACAGCAGAUAUUAAAAAAACUUCCUCUGUA